AAGUCGCUGUUCCAACUCAAUUUGGCAGACCCGCGCAAUUACGACGGUCGUCCGCCGUUUGGCUUGACAAAAUCUCUUGGAAAGGAACACCAGGACUAUCACAACUGUCAGGCCUGUGCCAGUGGGAUAUUUCAUCCCACAGACUCGACCUCUUCAUGUUCUGUUCCCAAUUACACCCCAUCUAACGAGUCACCGUAUCAGCAUACUGCUGCAUCAAACAGGCUCGCGGAUUCCGCCGUGUUCUCUUCCGCUGAUGCUGUCGCGUACGGAGAUAGCACAUCUGGUUGUGGCUCACCUCAGACUCCGACCGGUGAUCAUCCCGUUGCCCGACCGCGACAUCAGCGAUUAAAACGCACCAAAAGUACAGCGGACGCCAAGCAGUGCAAAACUAGAACCGAAUAUGAAGACUCACCCCAACCAGCACAACAAGCAGAGCUAACUGAACACACUACCAGCAUCCAGUCUGACAGACGACCGAUCAACCGAUGGAGUGCUCUGAGUCGACUACCGAUCACCACAGAGGUAAUGUUGGAUAGGACACCUCAAGGUUUUGGAUUCAGCAUUGCUGGGGGACGCAGCGAUUCUGGAAGUGGGUCAACUCCCGGAUCGGAAAUUGUGGUGACCAAAAUCAGCCCAGGCGGAGCUGCGGAAUGUGAAGGCAGUCUACAGUAA